AUGGACGUUCCGAGUCCCGCAGUUACUCCCUUUAAGUACGUUCUCAUCCCUGCCGAUGAUGCCAAAACACCAAGCGAGGUAUCUUUUCCAGGUGGCAGCGAUGAGGAGUUUCGUGCUUCAAUACAGCAGUAUUUUCGAAAAUUACUUCUCUCGCAGGAUCAAAAGAAUGAAAUGGCUAAACACCUUAUGGAGAAGGCAAAAGAAAAUGAUAAACGUGAAGGUGACAAAACAAAUACAAAUAUUACAAGUGAACAACAGAACGGGAUGAUUGCAGAUUAUCUUGAGCAAACGUCAUUUGAAAUUGUUCCAAUUCUUAUGCCAGGACGUGAGAAUAAAUUUAUUGGUACUUCAUUGUACAUUGAUGACAGUGGUCGUUUUAAAGACCUCGCACUAAACUCUCGCGCGAGCAAGAUUGCCCAACGCGAUAUCCGAGGUGAUGCCUUUCUUUUACGCAACCAUGACGACCCUGCGCUUGACGAGUGGAGUCGCGUGGAUUGUACACUUAACAAUUAUGAGGACCUCUACAUAAACCCCCCUAAAACACAGUAUGAUGCAUCCAAUCGAGCCCAAAUGGCUUCCGCAGCAUUGGCGAGGGAAAGCGAUACGAAGCGAAUCAGUGAGGAGGAUGUCGAGAAGGCAAAGAAGGCAAAAGAAGAUGGUAAUGUUUUUUUCGCCGCUGGUGAUCUCAAAGCCGCAGUACAGGCCUACAGCGAUUGCAUUGAGCUUACCGAAGGACGCAGAGAUUUACUGCCCAAUGAAAUGGAGGCAACCAAUCUUCGUUUGUCUGCGCUACUAAACCGUAGCCUAUGUUUACAUCGCCUUGGUAAAAAUGACGAAGCGGCCAAAGACGCCCGAACAGCAAUUCACCUCGAUAACAAUAAUGUGAAAGCAUAUCACCGAUUGACUGUAGCGCUUUGCGGAAGUCGAGACUACGACGCAGCUACGGAAGCACUACAUGAUUACGAACGUCUUGGUGGAGAAACAAGUGAUACAGCAAGUAUUCGUCAGGCUAUUGUAGAGGGGCGAAAACAACUUAACCAAGAACAAAAAAAGAAGUAUUCGAAGCUUUUCGCGUAA